CAGGCGGCUAGAGAAGGAAUGAUGGCGUCCUCGGCAGCUCGCUGUUCCUCACGCUGGAUUACAGUCAUCGUGUCCUCUGGACAGCGCCGGGCCGCCGGUGCUGUUGUCUGCACUGGGAAUGGGGGAGUCCGGAGUAUUUCUACAGUGGGAGCUGAAAAACAGUGGCGAGGAGGGAGCCUGAUGUGCGGCGGAGCAGGGAAAGCGUUGACAUUGAGAGGGCUGUCAGGUCUCAAAUCCCCCCAUGCUGUCUGCACACUGUCCUUUCACACAAGUGCCCCUGCUAGCAGUAAGCAGGACUUCUACCAGGUCCUUGGGGUACCUCGCACAGCAACCCAGAAAGAGAUCAAGAAAGCCUACUACCAGAUGGCGAAAAAGUACCACCCUGACACCAACAAAGAUGACCCACAAGCUAAGGAAAAAUUUGCUCAGCUGGCUGAAGCUUAUGAGGUCCUUAGUGACGAAACAAAGAGGAGGCAGUAUGACACGUAUGGCUCAGCGGGCUUUGACGCUGGCCAGGCUGGUGGAGGGCAGCAGUACUGGUCUGGACAGGCAGGCAGCGUGGACCCAGAGGAACUCUUCCGCAAGAUCUUUGGGGAAUUUUCAGGAGGACGCGGGUUUGGAGAUUUCAAUGCCAUAUUUGAUCAGCCACAGGAGUACAUCAUGGAGCUGACGUUCACUCAGGCAGCAAAAGGAGUCAACAAAGAGAUAUCUAUUAAAAUGGACACAGCCUGUCAGCGCUGUGAUGGUAAGGGCCACGAGCCAGGCACUAAAGUCCAGCACUGCCACUACUGCAACGGUUCCGGCAUGGAGACGGUGAAUACAGGCCCAUUUGUGAUGCGUUCUACAUGCCGUCGCUGUGGCGGCAAAGGCACAGUCAUUUCCACCCCCUGUAACUCUUGCCGUGGGACAGGACAGACCAAGCAGAGACAGACUGUGAUGGUUCCUGUGCCUGCAGGUGUGGAGGAUGGUCAGACAGUCAGAAUGCCUGUCGGUAAGAAGGAGAUCUUCAUCACGUUCAGAGUCCAAAAAAGUCCAGUGUUCAGGAGGGACGGUGCAGAUCUCCACUCUGACCUUUACGUUUCUGUGGCACAAGCCAUCUUGGGAGGCACAGCCAGAACACCAGGCCUUUAUGAAACACUCAACUUAUCAAUUCCUGCAGGCAUCCAGACAGACCAGAGGAUCCGACUUGCAGGGAAGGGAAUCGCUCGUGUCAGUGGCUAUGGCUUUGGAGACCACUACGUCCAUGUCAAAAUAAAAAUACCCAAAACACUGACAGACAGACAGAGAACUCUGCUAAUGAGCUAUGCUGAGGAUGAGACGGAAGUGGAGGGGACAGUGAACGGCGUCACUGCCACCACCACAGGUAAAAGAUCCUGGAAUUGAGAGACUCCGCAGGGCAGAGGGGAGGACAGCGUAAAGCAAAGACAGCCACAUUGCAGAAAAAGGGACAGAGGUUUAAGAAGUACCAGGUGGUGAAUGUGGCCCACAAGGGUUUUGGAUGGAUCAGUAUGGACCUACCUACCAUGGCCUGCAGUGGAUAAAGAAAAGGAUUACCUGCUCUGUUCCUCUGCCAAAGUGGAUCCACAUACAAGAGGAUGUUCAAGUGCACCAAUUACUUCUAUGUCAAAUGUCCAUGGAGGUUAUUUUGGUAGCAAAGACUGGUCUUAUAAUAGUGCGUGCAUGUUGGUUUUCUACUGAUUGCCAUAAGGAAAACAUGAUGGUGGUAACAGAAUCCAUGUGCACAAAAAUAAAUUAUCGUAUUGACAAAGACUAUACAAAUAUAGUCAAACGUUUUUAUUUGGGAUUAAAUUGCCCUCCUGUUAUUAAUCCUUCUGUUCUGUAUGCUUUGGUUGUGUUUUUAAAAUCCGCAGCACUGUCAGUCCUUACAUGUGGAACAUUGUCAGACUACAUAUUUACUUUUGAGUUUAAGUGUUGGACAGUUUAGAAGUGUGUCUUCAGAUGUUAUUUAGGUCUUCUCUCUCUGAUGGAGGAUUAAACAGUGAAAAUGUCAGGCUAAACACUGGUAACCCUGAUCUGUCCCUCUUUGCAUUAUGAGAAAGAAAACACAGGAGUUCUGAACCAUAAUUACAUUUGUACAUAGACAGUGGUAGAUCAUACAUGCAACAAUGUGUGAAAUAAAAGAGAUAUACUGUACAGCUAUAAUGAAGCUAUGGUCUGGGGAAAGCCUCUGUUUUAUUUAAAUCACGAAAGAAAUAGCAUUCAGAAUACUUAGACUGUGUAGACAUUCAUAUAUUUAACAUAUAAAUGCCUCAUUUAGGUAAAAUAAAAUGCAACGCAAAACACAACAAAACUGCCUCCAACAAAGUCUGAACAUUUAAAACACCACACAGGACUGUUUUCUGCAGAGCUGUUGCAUUAGAUUACAUUGAACUGCACAGGUGUACCUAAUGGACUAUCCUGCAUUUUUAUUUCUGAAUAAAUGUAGUAGCAUCAU